UUUUGUCAGCAACAGCCACAACAACAAGAUCAGCAGCAAUCUGCAAAUUCUUUCAGUGAAUGGGCUGCCGCAUUUCAGGCUUAUUAUGGGUCGGGAGCGCAGCCUCCUCAUGGAGCAGGAUAUUACCCCUCUGCCACCUCAGCUCCUCAGCCUCAUCAUCCUUAUAUCUGGGGUAGUCAGAUGAUGCCUUAUGGUGCCCCUCCACCUCCAUAUCCGGCGAUGUACCCUACAGGAGCUAUGUAUCACCCGUCUAUCCCUCCGGGCACUCCUCAUCCAUAUGGCCAAUUCAGCACAGCUGCGAUGCCGACUUCAACGGGAACAGACACACCGACGGCACGACCAAAGGUGCCGGCAGGUUCAAAUGGAGAAGCAAAGACAGCAGAAGGCAAUGGGUCGAGUCUUCCUUCUGGAACGGCGUUGAAAGGUUGUAAGAGCAACUUGAGUCUCGUCCCGCCGGGAAGUGCUGGAGACACUGCAAAGACCGGACACAACUCCGGCGAUGGCCUGUCCAACAGUGGAGACAGCGGCGGAAGUGACGACACUAGUGAUAGCGAGGACGAACUUGGACCGCAUUUGAUACAAGCGCCACGCAUUCGGCGGUCACGCCACACGUCUUGAUCAAGACCUGCCUUAACCCACUCAGCCUGUUUGGUCUGAUUGGAGGCGACCGUCCCUUGACUCCUAGGUUGGCCCUUCCCUCGGCCACCUGCCUUAGUCUUUACUACCGCGGCGGGGGUGCUACCCUUAGCUAUCUCCUCGCUGUCAAACUCUGUGUAGUCCACCAGGUCAGAGAGCUCGUCAAUCUCUGUUUGAGUCCCAUCAGACUCCACCAUCAUCAACUCCGCCCCCUUCUUCUUCCACUCCUGAGGACUCUUCUUCUUCUUUGAGUCAUUUCCUGAGAUGGGUUGAGCAUUGCCUAGCGUGGCCUCCAAAUCUAAAGCCUUCCUAGACAAUGUCUCAAAUGAGUGGUACUCGGUGCGUGCCUCACUGGCUAGUAAGUUCCUGAUGUUCUCUGGAAGACAUCUAAUGAAAGUAGUUAACAGGA